CGCGACUAAAAAUAUCUCCUUUCUUGUCAUUGCGUCACAACAAGUAACGCUGACCGUUUUCCCCCUCUGAGCCAGAUUUUAAAACAAAGAUAUCGGGUUAAUGGUCAGACCGACUAUAAAAAGAAGGAGGGCGUGAGAGGUGGACACAAGGCUUCGGACAACCCUCAGGCAAAGAAACGUAACUGCGAACAUGACGGUCGGAUGUAGCUCUUGCAAGAAUCCUGCAAGUGCAAGAAGCAGCUCCUCAUCCUGCACCCCUCUAACCAACGAAAACAUCAGUCCUAGAAUUUGCAAGCGAUUCAGAUCCACUAAAGGUGCAUCCAAAGCACGACGUGACCACAUCAACGGAGAGAUCCGGAACAUGCGAGCGCUGCUGCCCAUCUCCGCAGAAGAGCAGGAGCGCCUCUCCUACCUCCACUCCAUGUCUGUCAUCUGCACCUUCAUCCGGAAAUCCGUGCUCCUCCCACGUCAUAAAGGGAGCAGUGAGGAAGGUUUCAUGCAUCCAUAUGAAGAUCUGCUGCAUGCUCUGCCUGGCUUCAUUGUGGCGAUGACCAAAGAGGGAAAGCUAAUCUAUUUGUCUGAAAAUGUGUCCCAAUAUCUCGGCUUCUCAAUGGUUGAUGUAUUGCAAGGAGACACAUUCUAUGACAUGGUUGAUAAUUGUGAUGUAGAUACAGUGAAAUUCAACUUGGAGGUAGAUGACGUUGCAACAGAGAAGAGUUUUGUGUGUCGGAUGCAUACUUCUAAAGCUUUCAGGCUGCAGCAUGGUAGUUGCUGUCCCCUGCUGGUAAGGGGCCGCUUUCAGGAUGGCCCACAGCACCGCCUGUUUGUGGCGCUGUGCACUCCCAUUGUGAGCAGACAGAGGGAGAGCGAUUCUGUGAGCGUGCACUUCCAAACCCUCCACAGACCAGACAUGAGCUACAGGCAUGCCCAUGACAGUGUAGUCUUUCACCUGGGAUACAAGGCAGAGGAGAUUGUUGGGCGUUCCUGGUACAGCUUGCUCCACCCAGAUGACCUUUCAGUGAGUGCGUGCGGGCACAAGCACCUAAUGCAGCAGAGUGGAGAUGGGCAGCUGGAGCUGGUCCUAAGACUUCAGGCUAAAGACCUGGCCUGGGUCUGGCUCUAUGUGUGGGCAGCUAAAGAGGCUCAGAGCCAGGAAGUAACUUGCACAAACUAUGUCAUCAGUGAAACAGAGGCCAUUUAUAUGAGGGAGAAACUUUCCAGCAAUCUGUCUCUCAGUCCUCCAGCGUCCCAGAUGCCCUGGGGCCCCAGCAGGUCCCCUAAGAGACAGGCAGAGUGCAAUGCCCAGUAUGACAGGCAGAAGAGAAAGUCCAGGCGUUUAUCUGAGCCUACAGUGUCUUACUGCGCAUCAGCUAGCCCGAGCAGGGACAAGGGGGACUCAUGUACUGCCACGGGAGACCACCAAGCAUUCUUCUCCACACCUCCUUACAGCCCUGCCUCCUCUUUUUCCUCUGCAGCAAAUGACGACUGUAGUUCGGACUUCAUGCAGGAAGUAUAUGGUCAUUCUGGAAGGUUGGUGUCUCCUUCAUUCUGCCCCCAGCCCUGUGACCAGCUCCCCUCCCAUGCAUUUACUCUUAGCUCGUUCAGCUUGGACUCCCACCCUUCAACACAGACAACGUACUCCUACCAAGACUGCCUGAAUGAAGGUAAUCUGGUACCCAACUACCAGACGGAAACUUGUGAUGAUUCAUCUAACUGUGUGCUCCAUCCUGACGACUUUAGCUUGCCUCCACUGCCCAUGUCAGGGGGUGAUGGAGCUUAUCAUGUUUCUGACAAUUCUGGGUCCUCCUCCCCAAUAGAGCAGCUGACCCCAGAUCCAUCCACCACUGCUGACAGCUCUUUGCACUACAGCGAGAGGGAACAGGUAGAGAUCAGCAUACUGGCCCAUCAGAUCUCCUCACUGGCCAGUAGCUUCGACAUAUACCGUGCUAAAAGCUCCGUCCCUUGGGUUAACCAUGCCCCCUGCUGGCUACCCAUGGCCCCACUGAACCCUGAACCACUCCUGGAUGAGGGAGUUAUUGGCAGCAUCCUGAAGGACUGGACCGGGGAGCCGGCGAAGAGGGAGGCUAGUUGCAGUUGGGGGCAGGUUUCCAGAGCUCCGCUGGAGGAUGUGGCUGAAGUGCAAGCUCUCACCCUUGACACGCUUGUGGACUCUCCACCUUUAGACCUCCACUCAGCAGACAGCAGUCUGGGGCCCUGUGUCUCCAGGCAUGGGUGCCAUGAAGACAACAUUGAGUUGCAUCAACUCAGUCUUUACCUACAUGAUGACUUCCAGCAAGAUGGGUUUGUUGAUGAAUCCAUGUACUGAGAAACAGUACUCCCCCUGUAUGGCAUAUUGUCAUGGCAACUAGAGGCUUCUUCACUGGACUCAAAGAAGAGCUGAAAAAAGGUUUAUUUCCAUUGUUGUGAUGGGAAGAGGUUUCCCAUGUUGGAAAGGGAUUAUAUUUAAAACUUUAAUGGUGCCACAAAGCAGAAUGUGAAUCAUUUAAAAAUUUGUCUAAUUUCUGCAUUGUAUAUGUGAUUAAGAAUCUGCUUGUAUUUCUACAUACACUUAUGUAUAAGACUUUCCUAUGUUUCAAUGAGUUUCUAUAUUGUUGUUUCAUGUUUGAUAUGGUACUCUAGUUUGUGAAUCUUAAGCAACUACUGGGCACUUUCUCUUUGUAGUUGUGUAAACAGGCAUAUACUGGUACUGUGGUAACUGUGGACAGACAAGAGAAACUUGAGAAUAACCAUAUAGGCAAAAACUUGUGAUGUAAGUUACUGUGUACAGAAUUAGUUGUUUAUGUAGUGUGAAGUAGCAUCAGCAAGUAGAUUAAUUACAGCUCAGUCAAAAUACCAUCAACAUACUUCUUUUAAAAUGUGUUUUCCAGCUGAAACUGUAUUUUUACUCAUUAUGCAAAUUGAAAAUAGCUUCCCAGUGGGAAGAAAUGAAACUCUUGUUAAGGAGUAAUAAUUUGAGAAGCUACCUCUGUGACAAUGGCUCUGGAAUAAUAUUAAACAGUGAUCUGUCUUCCAAGUAUUUUUAUCAAUCAUUUAUUGUUUAUAGGUAUUAUAAUUAGAAAAAUUGUAUACUUGGAGAGAACAUUUUUCUUGUACAAAUGUAAGAACCUCUCCCUGAGGAUGAAUCUUUUACAUUUUCUAUAACUACUGUUGAUCUGUGUUGGUUGGCCAUUGCUGAAAUAUCACAGUAACACAAAGAAGCUGUAUUAACAAUAUAAUUUUAAAUAUUUUUACAGUCUGUUUUUAAUUUUUUUUUAUAACAUUAAUAAAG